UUCAGCAAUGUAGUUCGAUUUAGCUGCAAGUCUAACACAGAGGUUCUGAAUGGGAUGUCGGAGAUCUCAUGUGAUGAAAAUGGAGAGUGGAGUGCCCAGGCUCCAAGCUGUGAAGGGAUCAAAUGUGCAAUACCUCAGAUUCAAAAUGGACGAUUAACUGGACAGCUCCGAGAUCACAAAGAACAUGAAGUCCUGCAUUUUGAGUGCAAUCAGAGAUUCAAAAAACAGACUGAAAGACCGUCGAAAUGCACAGAAAUAGGAACUAAAGCCGAGUUCAGUCCAGCGCCUGUGUGUGAGCCAAGAAAAUGCAAACUGUCGCUGACGACACUCGAAGGCACCAGCUAUGACACUUCCCAACAUGUGUUUUCACCUGGAGACACAGUCACAACCACAUGUGAUUAUAAGUACUGGAUCUCUACACCUCAGAGCACCUCAGCUGUAUCCACAUGUAAUGACGACGGAGAAUGGGAUAUCACACCAGUUUGCCAAGAGGUGAGGUGCAGCAAUCAAAGAGACUCACUUAUGUCUCAUUGGAAUGUCCGUUGGGGACAAAUAAUAACACUGGAUGAGAGUGUAAGCUAUCAGUGUAAAAGAGGAUAUAGGGAAACAUCAAUCGGGGCCAGGUGCACCAGAGAUGGAUGGAGUCCAAAUCCACUUUGUAAAGCUUUGUAACCAGCUCCAGCAGACUCUCAAUAAAAACACCAUAUUUACAUUUU